ACAAAAUUCAACUCAUAUUUAUGCAUUUAUGGCAGAGCAUUUUCACAAAGGUUUGGCUACUUGAGACUGUGACUUUCUGUAUGAGACUGACAUCUAGUGGACUUGUUUAUUAUAUGAGUGACACACCUGUUUGCACACGUUUCAUAAACACAACCAGGAAAUACUUUGAGUUCAGAGAAACUGAAACUGAUUUCGGGCUGUUGUUUGUUUAGUUUUAUUGUUUGUAAGUAAAUACAGUGAAAUGGCAGAAGCGAGUAGUUCAGUGGUUCAGGAUCAGUUUAUCUGUUCAAUCUGUCUGGAUCUACUGAAGGAUCCAGUGACCAUUCCCUGUGGACACAGUUACUGUAUGAGCUGUAUUACAGACUGCUGGGAUCAAGAUGAUCAGAAGAGAGACUACAGCUGCCCUCAAUGCAGACAGACCUUUAAUACAAGACCUGAUUUAAAUAAAAAUGUUGUGUUUGCCCAGAUGGUGGAGAUACUGAAGAAGACAAAACUCCAGACUCCAGAGAUACUGGAGGAUUUCUGUAGAGAAGAGAUAGAGAAGGUAUAUGAUAAAGUUACUCCUGAACCUGAGACCAGGGAGCAGUCCCUAAAAUAUUAUCAUCACUUCACUGCAGAUCCAAACACAGCACAUAAAUAUCUCUGUCUGUCUGAGGGGAACAGAGUGAUUAUUUACACAGCCACAGUCCAGUCGUAUCCUGAUCAUCCAGACAGAUUUGAUCGUUGGUUUCAGGUGUUGUGUAGUGAGAGUGUGAGUGGACGCUGUUACUGGGAGGUUGAGUGGAGGUUUCAGGUGGAUAUAUCAGUGUUAUAUAAGAGCAUCAGCAGGAAGGGAUUGGGUGAUGAGUGUCUUUUUGGAAGUAAUGAUCAGUCCUGGAGUUUGUGCUGCUCUGGCUCCAGUUGUUCAUUCAGGCACAAUAACAUUGAGACUAAACUCCCUGUAGUGUUCAGAUCUUCUAGAAUAGGAGUGUAUGUGGAUCACAGUGCAGGAUCUCUGUCCUUCUACAGCGUCUCUGACACAUUUACCCUCAUCCACAGAGUCAACACCACAUUCACUAAACCUCUCUAUCCUGGGUUUAGAGUUUGUGGAUCAGUGAAACUGUGUGAUAUAACAAUAUAGAUGUAUGAGUGUAAAUUAAACUCAAUUAGCUUAUUUUUAAAAACAGACAUUUCAUUUGUAAAGAACAUUAAUGACAGUACCUUUACUAUUUAUUAAAAAAAAUUCAAAUGGGUGAAGAAAUCAUAAAAUACCCAAAUCCAUUCUUACCAGUAGCACAUAGACCAGGGUUCCCCAAAUCUUACCCUGGAGGGCCGGAGCAGUGUUUAGCUCCAACCCUGAUCAAACACACCUGAGCAAGCUAAUCAAGGUCUUUAUGAUCACUAGACAAUCACAGGUGGGUAAGUUUGAUUAGGGUUGGACCUAAACUCAUCAGGGGUACAUAUUGGGUAUCAAAGAGUGAAUAACAGGUAUAUUCAGUACAUAUCUAUAUCUAAUUCAACCAUUUUUUUCUGACAGUGCAGGCUUUAUGACCUGAUGAACUUGUAUUUGACUGUGUGGUAGCUUCUGCCAGGGUCUCUGUUAUUUCAUGAUGAAAUACUACGGGUUCUUUUU